GAAGUUUACUUCCGCGUUUAGUUAACGCGUUGAGUUCGGAAAAAUGUCGCCUGUUGCUGAUUGUUUUCUCUGAAGCAGAUAAUCUCAACAGUUGUUCAGUUCGACCGCAAUGAGUUGUGGAAACAAAAGAAGGAAACUUUAACUAAAGAAAAGUCGUCGAAAGUUUUGUUUCACAUCGCGCCAUCUUUUUCUUUACAAUGGGAUGUUGUAGCAGCAAAGAGAGUAAACGUGACUGGAACCCGCUGGAGGAACGAAGCUGCACGGAUAUCCCAUGGCUCAUCAUUUUCAUCCUCUUCUGUAUUGGGAUGGCAUGUAUUUGUGGCUUCACCAUCGUCACCGGAGCUACCACACGGCUUAUCUAUGGAUACGACAGCUAUGGUAACAUCUGCGGUCGAAACAACACCAAGAUCCAGGGAGUUGACCUCAGUGGCCGGAACAUGGUAGACAACAAGUAUGUAUUUUUCCUGGACCCGUGCAGCAUUGACAUCAUAAACAGGAAGAUGAAGAGCAUUUCCCUGUGUGUAUCAAAAUGCCCUGCUACUGAACUGAAGACACACUAUGAUUUGAAGCAGUUUGCUCUGAAUAAUGGAUCUGCACUCUGCACCUAUGAUAUUAGUCCAACAAGAUAUCCGGGUCACGCAGACCGAUUAACUAAAUGUCCCAAGCUUCCCGUUCCACCAAGUAAGUCAGUGCCUUUGUCCCGUCGUUGCAUACCAGCGGACAUCAGCUGCUAUGCAGAACUGGCCGUCUCCUUCUUCAACUUGGUUAUUGACAACAAUAUUAUUAGCCGAGUGGUUGCGGGAGUGAUGGCCAGCAAGGAUAUCAUUGUGGGACUCUGUGCGCUGUCCUUAGUUCUUUCCUUGAUCAUGAUGGUGGUCAUCCGCUACAUCUCUAAAGUCAUGGUGUGGAUUAUCUCCAUUCUCACAGUCAUCGGCACUCUAGGGGGAACAGGCGUCCUCUGGUGGCUGUAUGUGGACCACAGGAACGCUCUUAACAACAACACCACCUCGGUCUUUGGAAAAGAAGUGGCAGCUGAUAACGUGAAGGCACUCCUCGUGUAUGCCAUCUGUGCUACAGUUUUCACGGUGGUUCUCCUGCUGGUCAUGGUGUUUAUGAGGAAGCGUGUGUCUCUGACAAUUUCGCUGUUCCACGUGGCUGGAAAAGUGUUCAUCCAUAUUCCCCUGCUGGUCCUGCAGCCUUUUUGGACCUUCCUCUGCCUCAUGCUCUUCUGGGUCUAUUGGCUGGCUGUGCUCCUCCUCCUGGGACUGGCAGGAAGUCCGGUGAAGAACAACUCCACAAAUUUGGUUGAGUACCAGAUGAGCGGACCUGCUCGGUACUUGGUGUGGUAUCAUGCUGUGGGUCUCAUCUGGAUCAGCGAGUUCAUCCUUGCCUUCCAGCAGAUGAGCAUCGCCGGCGCUGUUGUCACCUACUACUUCACACGGGAUAAAUCUCGACUGCCAUCCACUCCCAUUCUGUCGGCCAUGCUGCGUACCCUCCGCUAUCACCUUGGUACUCUGGCCAAAGGCUCUUUCAUCAUCACAAUGGUCAAGAUUCCUCGUCUCAUUCUGAUGUACAUUCACAGUAAACUCAAAGGAAAAGAGAAUGCGUGUGCCCGCUGCAUGCUAAAAUCAUGCGUGUGCUGCUUGUGGUGUCUGGAAAAGUGUCUGGCAUACUUGAAUCAAAAUGCUUACACGGCCACAGCCAUAAACAGCACCAGCUUCUGCACCUCAGCACGUGAUGCUUUCACCAUCCUCGUGGAGAACGCUCUUCGAGUGGCAGCCAUCAACACUGUGGGCGACUUUGUCCUCUUUUUGGCAAAGGUGCUCAUCGUGGCCUGUACGGCCUUUGCCAGUGUGCUGGCGCUCAACUACCACAGGGAGUACACCGUGUGGGUGCUUCCUCUCCUCAUCAUCUGCCUCUUUGCCUACAUGGUGGCCCACUGCUUCCUCUCUGUGUUUGAAAACGUGGUGGACGUCCUCUUCCUGUGUUUUGCCGUUGACGCAAAGUACAACAACGGCAGCCCUGGACGGGAAUACUUCAUGGACAAGUCUUUGAUGGAAUUUGUUGAAAACAGCAAGAAAAGGGGUCGGUACAAGCCAGAGGACGGAAGCGGACGAGAAAUGAAGGCCAUGGCACAUUAAGGGACGUGUGACAAAAAGAGAGACGAACCAAUUACAUCAUUACUAAUAUGUUGUGGAGAAUAUGCCUUUUUUUGUUUUGUUUUGUGACACUAAGGUUUGGGGUUGUGCUCUUUUAUUUUCUGACACUCCUAGUAAAUAUUUUAUUACAUUUUAAAUAGUAUUUAACAUGGUUUAACAUGUUGGCUUGUAAUUUUAAAACGGUCAAGAGCACAUGUUGAAGCUUUGCAAUAACCUUUUGACUCUUCAAGCUGUAUAUUACUUGUUUUUGUACUUGAAAUAAAACAGAAAAAUGUC